UGCAUUAACCGUUUACCGUUGCAAGGAUAAGUUGAACGAUUAUUGAGUAUUUACCGUUACCUGUGCAACAACACAACAAACACGCACACCACGAACCCGAGACGGAAAUAGAAAGUAGGAGAAAGGGAGGAACGGAGAGACGACAGGAACAGCGUGUGCGAGAGGUGCGAGGUGAAAGGUGACAGAAACAACAAAACAACAAAAACAACAGGAUUGAAGCUAAAGUUCGAGGAAAAAGCCACAACAACAAAAACAAAAAUAUACUAAAAAUCUGCGGCUUAAGGUGGAAACUUUCUAUCCAUAAAGUUCCAACAGGAAACAGGACAUUCCAGAUUCCAGGAUCCGAAACCCCCUUCAGCCUUGAAAAUGUACAAAACCAUAAGACACGGCGAAAAUAGUCUGCAAUAUACGAUUUUGCCGCAAAACGAUGAUUUUCGCAUCGAGGGCAAGCUGUCGGGGGCUGGACGAUCGGCGUCUUCCGGUGGAGCCUCCACUUCCGGUUCGUCAGCUUCCGCCACCGGCAAGGUCAAGGGUCAGCGACGACGACGCUCGUUCUUCGCCUAUUUGGGUCUCAUCUUCGUCUGUACCGUUAUCAUUGGCGCCAUUUUAAUACCGUUCCUCGUCUCCGCCGAAUGUCUGCCCAAUCCCAAGGAAUGGUUCUUGAAAACCAAAGCAGCUUUCAUCCAACACGGAUCGGGAUCGGGUCCUGGAUCAGGAUCGGGCUCUUUAGCGAUUGGUGGGGAUCUGUUGCCGACAGGAUCCCCGCUCCUGCAACAGAGUGUGGGUCGGAAUGUCCAGAUCGUGAACCGGAACGGAGUCGAGCAGUUUGUGCUCCGAUUAAACAAAACGAAUCCUUUAAUCUCCACCACCGCUGCACCCCCACCGCCGACCAGCAGCACCUCUACCUCUACCACUACAACAACAACAACUACGACAACCACAACCACAGAAGCUCCUCCACCGCCGCCUCCGGCUCCAGUUACAACAAUUCCAACAACCACUACAACCCGAGAACCAGCCACAAAUCCGGUCCAGCGGCAUCAGCCACCGGGAACAACAAUCACCACUCGGAUCAUCCAGGUGCCACUGCUAAAGUCCGCCGCCAAGAAACCGAUUAUGCCGCCCGUCCUAGCCAAGGCCCAGGGCAACCAAAUCCAACCGAAUCAGGAGGAGGAGGCGAAACAGGGCCAGGAAGUGGCGGGAAACCGAAGCAACAGUGCCUGGAUCAAGACGCAUUGGGCCUACAUUGAUCCUUCGACCUACUUCCAGUGGACGGGCUACAAGGCCGAGGAUAGCGUGCUGCUUCCCGCACUGCUGGGCUUUGCCCUGAUUGGCGUGAUUUUGAUCAUAACGGUAUGCCUGGUGGCACGCAACAAGCGCACCAUCGUCUCCUCCGUCCGCAAGCGGAAUCGCAACGACAUUGAGGAGCAGGGCGCCGAGGAUAAUGCCACUUUGCUUACAACCACAAACUUGUCGGAUGACGAUUAAUUGGAACUCGUCUAGAUAAAGCCCCUAUAUCUACAGACUCACCUAUGAUUCCAGCUUUUCGUGUGCAAAAUGAUAACUAUUUUUGUUUUUCAGCAUAUGUAGAUCCUAAGAUCCAGAUCCCCAAUAUAUCGUAUCCAGAUCUAGAUCGGAUUAGAUCAGAUCUCAGAGCUCUUUGAAAGCCAAAAGCCAAGCUAAUGCUUAAUCCGAUCAGAUCGACUUUCUC